GGGGUGGGGCCGCGGCCGGAGGGGCCCGAGCGGCUGCCGAGCCACAGAGCCGGAGCCGGGGCGCGGGCGGCUGCGGUCCCGGUGGCAGCGGGGGAAGAUGGUGGCGCUGCAGGCGGGAGCGGCUGGAGAGCAGCUUUAUUCCCAGGCUUGGCACGGUCGUUGUCACUAGCGCCGCCUGCUCCCGCGGGCCCGCGGACCCAGCUGUCAGGCAAGGUACCACCGCCGGGGCGGGCUGGCUGAUACCAGGCCAGAAGACAAUAUUCAGAAGCCUUGGUGACACCGAAGGCUGCAUUUGGGCCGAAGGAGGCAGAACCAAGUGGACACCUGAGUCACUGCAUGCCGUUGAGCAGAACAGGCUGGACAGACCCUGAAGAACCAGGCCUCAGACCCGUGGAGCAAAAUGAGAGCGCAGUGAGCCAGCCCAGCCUCUCCCCAGCCAUCCCCCCCGACGCCCCACCAUGAACCACUUGGAGGGCUCCGCGGAGGUGGAGGUGCCCGACGAGGCGCCAGGAGGGGAGGUGAACGAGUCGGUGGAGGCCGACCUGGAGCACCCCGAGGUGGAGGAGGAGCAGCAGCAGCAGCCACCCCCGCAGCAGCAGCCCGCAGGCCGCCGCCACGGUGCGGCCGAGGACCCCCGCGCGCAGCAGCAGCAGCAGGAGGAGGAGGAGCGCGGGGAGUGCCUGGCGCGCUCGGCCAGCACGGAGAGCGGCUUCCACAACCACACGGACACGGCCGAGGGCGACGUGCUCGCCGCGGCCCGCGACGGCUACGAGGCGGAGCGCGCGCAGGACGCCGAGGAUGAGAGCGCCUACGCCGUGCAGUACCGGCCCGAGGCCGAGGAGUACACGGAGCAGGCGGAGGCCGAGCACGCCGAGGCCGCGCACCGGCCCCGCGCGCUGCCCAACCACCUGCACUUCCACUCGCUGGAGCACGAGGAGGCCAUGAACGCGGCCUACUCGGGCUACGUCUACACGCACCGGCUCUUCCACCGCGGCGAGGACGAGCCCUACGCCGAGCCCUACGCCGACUACGGCGGCCUCCAGGAGCACGUGUACGAGGAGAUCGGGGACGCGCCCGAGCUGGAGGGGCGCGAUGGCCUGCGGCUGUACGAGCAGGAGCGCGACGAGGCGGCCGCCUACCGCCAGGAGGCCCUGGGCGCGCGGCUGCACCACUACGACGAGCGCUCCGACGGCGAGUCCGACAGCCCCGAGAAGGAGGCGGAGUUCGCGCCCUACCCGCGCAUGGACAGUUAUGAGCAGGAGGAGGACAUCGACCAGAUCGUGGCCGAGGUCAAGCAGAGCAUGAGUUCGCAGAGUCUCGACAAGGCGGCCGAAGACAUGCCGGAGGCGGAGCAGGACCUGGAGCGUGCCCCGACCCCGGGAGGGGGACAACACCCCGACAGCCCCGGACUGCCAGCACCCACAGGGCAGCAGCGGGUCGUGGGACCCCCGAGCGGCGGCGGUGGCGGAGGCGGAGGCGAGGCCGGGCAGCGGUACAGCAAGGAGAAGAGAGAUGCCAUCUCACUGGCCAUCAAGGACAUCAAGGAGGCCAUCGAGGAAGUGAAAACCAGGACCAUCCGUUCGCCUUACACCCCCGACGAGCCCAAAGAGCCCAUCUGGGUCAUGCGCCAGGACAUUAGCCCCACGAGGGACUGUGACGACCAAAGGCCGGUGGACGGAGAUUCUCCGUCUCCUGGCAGUUCCUCACCCCUGGGUGCUGAGUCAUCAAGUAUACCCCUUCACCCCGGUGACCCCACGGAAGCCUCCACAAAUAAAGAGUCAAGAAAAAGCUUGGCUUCAUUCCCAACCUAUGUUGAAGUUCCUGGACCUUGUGACCCUGAAGACUUGAUCGAUGGAAUUAUUUUUGCUGCCAAUUACCUUGGUUCCACUCAGCUACUCUCAGACAAAACCCCCUCUAAAAAUGUGCGCAUGAUGCAGGCCCAGGAAGCAGUAAGCCGGAUCAAGCAGACGGCCCAGAAAUUAGCCAAAAGCAGGAAGAAGGCUCCUGAAGGUGAAUCUCAGCCAAUGACUGAGGUGGACCUCUUCAUUUCUACCCAGAGGAUUAAAGUAUUGAAUGCAGAUACACAGGAGCCUAUGAUGGACCACCCCCUGAGGACCAUCUCCUACAUCGCGGACAUUGGGAACAUCGUCGUGCUGAUGGCCCGCAGGCGAAUGCCCCGCUCCAACUCCCAGGAGAAUGUGGAGGCCUCUCACCCAUCCCAGGACGGAAAAAGACAGUACAAGAUGAUCUGCCAUGUCUUUGAGUCUGAGGACGCCCAGCUGAUCGCACAGUCCAUAGGACAGGCAUUCAGUGUCGCGUACCAGGAAUUCCUCAGGGCCAACGGGAUUAACCCGGAAGACCUCAGCCAGAAGGAGUACAGUGACCUCCUCAACACCCAGGACAUGUACAACGACGACCUGAUCCACUUCUCCAAGUCGGAAAACUGCAAAGAUGUUUUCAUAGAGAAACAGAAGGGAGAAAUCCUGGGAGUUGUGAUCGUGGAGUCUGGCUGGGGAUCCAUUCUACCAACUGUGAUCAUUGCCAACAUGAUGCACGGCGGCCCCGCGGAGAAGUCCGGGAAGCUGAACAUCGGGGACCAGAUCAUGUCCAUUAAUGGCACCAGCCUGGUGGGCCUGCCUCUCUCCACCUGCCAGAGCAUUAUUAAGGGCUUAAAGAACCAGUCCCGAGUAAAGCUGAACAUUGUGAGGUGCCCGCCAGUGACCACAGUGCUAAUAAGGAGGCCGGACCUUCGCUACCAGCUGGGUUUCAGCGUGCAGAACGGAAUUAUCUGCAGCCUCAUGAGAGGGGGAAUAGCUGAGAGAGGAGGGGUCCGCGUGGGACAUCGGAUCAUUGAAAUCAAUGGCCAGAGCGUCGUGGCUACACCACAUGAGAAGAUCGUCCACAUCCUCUCCAAUGCUGUCGGGGAGAUCCACAUGAAGACGAUGCCAGCAGCCAUGUACAGACUGCUGACAGCCCAGGAGCAGCCCGUCUACAUCUGAGCCACGCUUCUGUGGUGGCAUGCAUGGAGGACCCUCCUCACCGUGGUUGUGUUUCGCGCUGCAUCGUGUGUCCACUGAGACAUUCCCCUCUCGUGCCCAGCAUCUGGUCUUACACAGGAAGAGAAGAAUCAGCAAGGACCUCUUUGCUCGCUGUCUCUCUCCAGUUUGCUUUUUUUCUGUUCCUUCCUUAAUACCAGGGAAGUUUUGUGUGUGCCCCCUUGAGGGUGGAAAACAGCUAAUAUCUACCUGGGAUCAUUGGGGAGGGUCUUUGGGGGAUCCUAAGGUGGUUGUCACUGCCCAAGGAGACAUCAUUCCUCCCAAGAGGCACACACUUCCCUGAAGGAGUUCCCAGAGGUAGCAUAGGAGCUGACUGAGCAGUGCCUAAAACUUAAUUGCUGUUCUCUCUGCCCUCCUCGAUCACUUGUUGAGAAGAUGGUGGUGACAGGAGAUGGUGUUGAACAUCCUUAGAGCCAUAUCUUUAAGGACAUUUGCUGCUUGCUAUGGAGUUGGGGGGCCCCAUACAUUAUUUCUGCCCAGAAUUUCUGAGCCAGUUUUAAAUUUCUUCCAUAGUUUAUUUGAGUUUCAAUGGAUGUGCUAAUACGGGCCCAACUGCAGAGAAAAGAGGAAGUGACAUCCCGGACAAGGCUACUGUAACACUGUAGAGAUCCUGGCAAGUCACAGGGCCUCUGAGGCUUCCCAGAUUGUCCCAAGUUACCAACCGGAGGAAAACCACAGGCAGAUACGAUCCUCCUGUGCACUUGCACAGGCGCUUACGUGUACAUAACACACACCCACACCCUGCACAGUGUCUCAUUUGCUCUCUAUCUGCAUUAAGGCAGGCUGAAAUCUAGCACACAGAGCCUGUGGGUAACCCCCAGCACCUCUCUGGAAGAUUCCUUCCCCUAGUAGAAGGUUGACAUAGAGAAACAGGCCAGCCUACCUGGCUGAGGUUUGGCCUUCCCUUUCUCAACAGGCUCAGUGGCCUCUAAGACUCCCCCACCCCACAUACACACUGGAUGUCCUCGAGGGACAAACUGUGAUGUGGGCCAUGUCCCAAAGCUAAGCCAGCCUGAGCCUUUCACAGCCACUAGUGAGGAUGUGAUAUUUCAAAGGCUAGAAUAGAUAAGCCACAGUCAGACAGAUUUAACACUUCAUGUUGGGCCUAGGAAUCCCCAAAUUUGCUCCAGAAACAUCCUCUACUAUCUUGUAGGUCUGGGAGUGUGUAGCUGGUGUGCAAGGCAUGAUGUCUCCAACAGACGCCUCACAUUCUGGAUCAUAUCUCAGUCUAGUACAUGUUUUUCAAUAAUAUUAUUCUGAGCCAGUUUCACUUAUUCUUGGUCCAAAGAGCAGUUUGUUUCCAUGUGGGCUAUGGCUAGUUUUUGUUUUUGUUUUGUUUCUUUGAUGACCUCAGUAGAGUCAGGGGAAGAAAACUAAUAUAUUUUGUACUCUGAAUAUAGCCCCUGUUCUCUGCAUCUGGGAUAUAUAUGUUGUGUCUGUGGAAAUGGGAGUUCAGUGAGCAGUGUCGGGGAGGAUGGAUUUAUGGAGGGAAGAGAAGAAUCUGUGAGAAGGAGAGAUGUGAAUAGAACAAGGUAAGGAACAAGAGGCUCCAGCCAGGGAGGGAGACAGUCAGCCCCCCUGGGGUCUCUGACAUCAGGAGUCACUGAGGAGAAUCAGGAAAGCCUAGUGCUUACAGGGUUCUGCAGUAGAACCCUCAGCUUGACUUUAGCACAGGAAGUUCUGGUGAUGAGAGGCCACCAGCUGUCCAGACAGCUGCCUGAGAAGGAAUGGGCCUGCUGCUGCUGCUGCUGCUGCUGCUGCUGCUGCUGCUGCUGCUGCUGCUGCUGCAGAGUUGGGACCACAGGAGCCAGGCUAUCUGGACUUAUUUUUAAGGGUGUCUAACAGAACACUUCUGCAUGACCAGGCCCAAGGUCAAACUCUAGCAAAUGUGAAAACCAGGAACCAUGUCCUGGAUUUUCUUCACAUCUCCUGAAGUAGCUAAUCCGUUGGGUAUCUAGUAUACUCACACACUGAAGAGUGUGACCCAUGUCUCCUCUGCCAAAGAGAUGAUGGGUAGGACAAAAAGACACUACUGCUGGCAUGUACCAAUGUCAGGCAUUGGAAACCUUGGAAAGUCACAUGGGAGGCUUACGUUUGUCUGAUCCAGGGUGGCAACUGUGGGCACAUGCCCAAGCACCUGGACAGGAAGGCAGAAGCAGGACAGCAGAGGCUGACCUGGGCUGGUCAGAGACAGGCUCUCACUCCCAAUAUAAUCCCCAGGUAAUCACAAUGAAGUGUCUUCACCCCAGGGAAAGAGGAAAGAGAAAGUACUUUCCAUUCAUGUUGUGCAAGAAAUCUGGAAACUUUAAGAAGGGCUGAAAAGCCAAGCUUUUCUGUGAGCUCUCCUGGAGAACUAACAGUUUAGCGUGAUUGUAAAGAUUAGUUUUUGUGUUAAUCAAACUGGUUCCUCCCUCCCAGAAGGAAAGCUCUUGGAGCCUGGUCCAGGCCCCCUGGCUGAAGAGCGUUCUUCCUCUGCUAGCGUCAGGCUCAGCGGUUAAACCUGGGGUCUUGUCUGACACCCUCAUAUACACUUACAUAUGUAAAUAUCUCUUCACCCCCCAAUAAUGGGGCCAACUACAUACAGAGCCGCCUUCCCCAAACUGCAGGGCACAAAGCCCCUCCGCCCACUCAGCUGGGAUGUGCUGGUGACUCGGCUUUGGGGACAGGCUCCCAGAUUUUCCUCACCCCGUCCUACUCCAGUAAGGUUGCACCACAACCCACCCAGCCUCUGCCUUCUCCAGCAGGAGCACUUCAGGGAGCCACCAUCAGCCUUGAGUUCACGAGAGGAAGAAAGCCCCACAGACCAAUGGGGGGAGCCCACUUCCUGAGCAAGCCCUCCCUCCCUCACCACGGCAGGCUCCCGGGGGUAGAGCACGUGGCAGGCUGCCACCUCCCUGCACAGGGGUUUGCUUUCUGAACUUCGCCCAUCAACAUUGGCCUUCAGGGAGUCCAGAGUAACCUACUACCUCCCCCACUGCUCCCCUCCCCCCUGCAGCCCUGUCCACACCUACCCUCCCUGUCGUACACUGAUGAGAACCCACCCACGGAGCCCUGUCCGGGUCUCUCCGCCCACUGGUGUAGCCGUCGCCAAUGUUUACAACCAAGGGCCGCCUCUUCCUGAUGUUUUAACUCUCACCUCCACAAGGCUACCUGUUGGUUUGAGUUUCACCUCUGUCUGCCUCUUCCCUGGUUAGGGUCCACCUAAGCACACAACUCUGAUUUUAUUUCCCCUCCAUCCAAGGCAGUGUGUGAUGACCGUGUGGGAAUGAGCUCUCUUGUACAUACUUAGCACAGCACCCGGGGUAUGAACCCGCACUCCUGUCCUGUGACGGGGUGCAUUAGCGCUUACUGUAAAACAGCGGGAGAAGUAUAGUAUUGUAUUUGUAACAAUAUCGUUCUUUGUAUACACGAAACUCAAUGAUCUCUAUAUAUAAAUAUAAAUAUAUAUAAAUAAAAUAUAUCUACACGUGAGCCUGGAAUGUGACACUGCACACCCACUGAAUGUAUUUCCUCUGACAGUCUGGUUACCGGUCCUGGCCCACCCUCCCCUUCUUUGUGCCGUGACUGCAGUUGUCUAGUUUGGGGUUGUGAUGUACUUAAUGUGCUAUCUCCUUAUUUAACUGAACGCUAACGUCUGUAUAAGAAUUGCUGCAACAAUAAACAAGGACUUCGCCUCUUG